AUGCAGUCAAACUCUUCUGCAAACACGACCUUUGUUCGUCCUGCAACCUUUUUUCUAAACGGCCUUUCUAAUGUUCCACAUGUAAAAUAUUACUAUAUGUUCUUGUCUUUAGUUCAUGUUGCUACUGUUUUGGGAAACUCAUUUCUCAUGAGUACUAUUUAUUUAGCUCGCAGACUUCACACAGCCAAAUAUAUUGUUGUUUUCCAUUUGGCUUUUUCUGAUCUCUGUGGAAGCUCAACUGUUGUUCCAAAAAUCAUUGACACGUUUUUAUUUGAGCACCAGGACAUUUUAUAUGAAGCAUGUUUGGCAAAUAUGUUUUUUGUGUAUUUUUUCAUGAGUAUGCAAUCUUUAACAUUACUUAUCUUAGCUUAUGACAGACUAGUUGCUAUUUGUUUUCCUCUCCGAUAUCAUGCCAUUGUAACCAAGCCGUCAAUGUUUCUUAUCAUAGGAGCGAUGUGGAUUUUUUCUUUGACAUAUUUUUCAGUGCUUGUAGGUUUGGUCAACAGAAUUUCUUUUUGUGGAUCUAAUGUGAUUGACAGUUAUUUUUGUGAUCAUGGUCUUAUUUAUAAACUUGCUUGUAAUGAUAUUUCUAUAAAUUUACUGAUGGGGAAAAUGACAUUUGGUCUCCUAAUGUGUACACCCCUCAUACUGAUUUUUCUCUCAUAUUUUUUCAUUGCUCUGGCUCUGCUUAAGAUUGCUCAUGGUGGUGCACGGAUAAAAGCGAUGAAAACCUGCACCUCACAUCUAAUGUUAGUGGCGAUCGGCUAUUUCCCACUUAUAAGCAAUCAAAUUGCAGCUUUAACAACAUCUAUUGAUCCAAACACACGAAUAUUUAACAACUCUUUGAGACAGGUAAUACCAUCUAUGCUGAAUCCCAUCAUAUACACUCUGAAGACAGAGGAGGUCAUGGAAUCCAUGAAAGACCUGUACAAACGAAGAAAAAUUAACACAGCUAUAGAAAGAAAAAUGAAAUGUGAAAGGGGAAAUUAA